ACCAGUCGCUUCAUCCAAUAGAAAAAAAAAUGGCACAAACUCCCGUGAGUUUUGACGAAAAGGAAAAGAUUUGGAGUGGCCCUCAUAGGAAGACAAUGUCAAAGGAUGAGACUUCUCUAGGUGAAAUUAUUUUCCAGAACAUGAGAGCUUCGCCGAAUAACAUUUGUCAGAUAUGCGACGUAGACGGUGUGAGUGUUACAUUCGAUCAAGCUCUAACCUGGGCCAUACGAAUGGCCCAGUUCUUCAAGAAGAAAGGUCUUGGACAUAAUGAUGUGAUUGGUAUUCUGGCCGAAAACUCCACACUCUUGAUGCCCCUAGGAGUAGCCUGCCUAAUGAAUGGAACUCCUUUUCACACAGUCAAUCCAAUGUGGAACGAGGCCCUUAUCUGCCACAUAUUGUCCCUUACAAAGCCAUUGUUAAUAUUCUGCGAUGGAAAUGCAUACGAGAAAAUAUAUAAGGCAACAAUCGAGUGGCAGCCAGAGAUCUAUAUACUAAGAGAUCAUGUGGAGGGAGUGCCGAGCAUUAAAACUCUCUUGGAUCCUACAACGUCGGAAGGGUCUUACCAGCCGGAGCCCUUGAGGGAAGGAGGCGAUCAAACCGUGGCCAUGCUGUGCUCCUCGGGCACAACUGCCCUCCCCAAGGCUGUCUGCAUCUCCAACAGUCGGCUUAUGCCUUUACAAGGUGUGAGCAGCGGCUCAGUUAUCUUCACUUGGGGCACUCUCAGCUGGAUCUCUGGUCUUUGGGGGCUUGUCAAUAGCACAGCACUGAACUGCACCCGCAUCAUCAGCCGGAAGCCCUUCUCCGCCGAAUAUCUGGUGCAUCUCGUUGAAAAUUACAAGAUCAAUGUAAUCGGUCUACCUCCCAGUCAUGUCUAUGAUCUGGUCAAUUGUCCCAUGGCCACGUCAAGGUCUUUAGGCUCCAUUCGCCUUUUAAUCUGCGGUGGAGGAGUGGCAUCCACGGCCAUUCUUCAAAGGUGCCAGAAGCUCUGUGAAAAUGGAACUGUUAGCAAUACGUAUGCGAUGAGUGAGACGGGGACCAUAUGCAGGGCCGGAGGACUGACCCAUGGAGGCACGGUAGGCCGGCCCGUUCCAGGUUAUAGAAUACGCAUUGUGGACGAGCAGGGUGUGAGCCAGGGACACAAUCAGAUUGGAGAGAUAUAUGUGCAUUCGGGCCUGGGCUGGAAAGGAUACUAUGGAAAUUCCGAGGAGUCACGCCGUAUGCAGGACCCCGAUGGCUGGUUCCACACCGGCGAUCUCGGAUACUUUGACGAGCAAAACUUUCUCUUUGUGGUGGAUCGCAAGAAGGAGAUCCUCAAGUACCAACAACGUCCUUACUGGCCAGCGGAGAUCGAAAAGGUUAUAUUGGAGCUCCCGCAGGUUGAGAACGUGUGCGUUGUGGGUAUCUUCGACGAGGAGGUGGGUGACAAGGCCGGUGCCCUUGUGGUCAGGAGCAACGAAACCAACAUAAGUGCCAAGGAGAUUGUGAAUCAUGUGGCUAAGCGAUUACCUGAGCUGCGAAGGCAGCUCCAUGCUGGGGUGAAAUUCACCAACAAACUACCCCUCAAUGCAAAUGGAAAAAUUAUGCGAAAGGAGGCGCGUGAUUUAUUUAACGCACUUGGAGAUUUGUCUAAUGAUAAAUUUUAACAUGA